GUAAAAGAACAAACCAAUAGCCGAAGGCCAUUCGAAUUUUUGAAAAAUGAACUCGUGGGGAGUAUCUUUAUAGGAAUACCAAAAGUGUUAUGACUUUGUGUAAACUACAAUUAUAACAGAAACUGGUCGGGAGAGUCACGAACUCUGUUAAAGUUGUUCAGUCAAAUCUUCUCAAACUCAAAAAGACAAGACAAAGGCACAGCUUCUGGCUCUUAAACCAAUGAAAAUGUCCCCACAAUAUCCUACCCCUUCUGUCUUAUUAUGCAUAUUAAAAGUUCCAUGGUUUCUCUAAUCUAUAUUUUGUGUCCAUUUGAUGAGACAUUUCCUGAAUACAUGGACUCUGCACAAAGCACAAUUGCAUUGAUUUGUGUUCUCUCCGUCUCUCCCAACCUUCUUGCCUUACUUAUAUCAGAACGUGGGGACUUCACUAGUGUGUUCGAUAAGAUUUGAACAAUUCCAAGUUAUUAAAGAAAAGAGUUAGUGUUUGCUUACUGCUGAUCUUCUCUCUCUCACGAACUUGAGUCAACAUUAACCUUCAUAGUGUAAAGUUCUUUCUUUCGCCAUCUUGGAUUUUCUUUGACUCUGAGAAGGAAAUGGAAGGUGCGUUUUAUUCAGAUUGGAAUGAUACAUCUUCAUCGUUAUUCGGAUCAGAGAAUCUGGAGGAAGACUUGGAGGAGGGAAUUGUGAGAUCUGAAGAUGUAUUCUCUCAGAUUCCUCAGCCUCAGACACCAAAGGAGCCAAUGAAGUUCCUGUCCAGAUCAUGGAGUCUAUCUGCUUCUGAAAUCUCCAAAGCUUUGGCGCAGAAACAGAGACAACAGCGAGUUUCUGUGUCCCAGAACAGUCCUAGAGUCUUCUCCCAAGAUGUUUCUGCAGAUCCACUAAUGGCAGAGAAGAUCAUGAAAUCAGCUGGGGCACGCAGAUCAGGAAGAUUAUCAAAGUGGUUUCACCACAAACAACACACCAACCAAAGCAACAUGAGGAUUCUAAAGAAAAAAGAUAAAGCGCGGGUGGAGAAUGCCCAUGUUCAAUCAGCUGUGUCCGUUGCUGCUCUGGCAGCUGGGUUAGCGGCUGUGACCUCUGAUGAAAGCUGCAACAAAGAGUCAAGCUCCACGAUGGCACUGGCUCUUGCCUCAGCAACAGAGCUACUGGCUUCGCACUGCAUUGAAAUGGCUGAACAAGCAGGUGCCGAUCACAACUGUGUUGUUUCCAAGGUUAGGUCUUCUGUUGAUAUCCACAGCCCUGGAGAUCUCAUGACUCUCACAGCGGCGGCUGCAACUGCAUUGAGAGGAGAAGCGGCUUUGAAGGUGAGGCAGCCAAAGGAAGCAAGGAAAAAUGCAACUAUCACACCUUGUGAGAGGAGCUUCUCAGACUCUCACUCGCUUGUAAAUUGUCAAUUUAGAGUGAAAGAACCAAAUUUUCCUCUAGAGGGCGAACUGGAGCAAUGUGCACGAAAUGGAGUACAGCGAAUAAAGCGAGCCUGUGUCUAUAUCAACAAGAAGUCUCAGGUCAUGAUCCAACUCAAAAGCAAACACGUUGGAGGGGCAUUCUCCAAGAAUAUCAAAUGUAAGCAUUAUCUAUUCUUUCAAGAGUUAGGAAAAUUACCUGUAACAGGAAGUCUGAAGCUUGUUAUUGCUUUUGAAGGUGUUGUUUAUGGAGUCUGCGACGAGAUAUCUGCAUGGCCUUACAGGAAAGAGAGGGAAAAUUCCGAAGAAGUCUAUUUUGGUCUGAAAACAGGGCAGGGUCUUUUAGAGUUUAAGUGUAAGAGUAAGAUUGAGAAGCAGAGGUGGGUUGCUGGGAUUCAGUCUAGUCUCCGGAAAGCAACAUGCCUCGAGGCUGCCAAAUGCUCUCUGGAAUCUCUGAGUCUCAGCGAUCGCAUGCGAUAGGGAAUCCUGUAUAUA